AUGCCCUGGUUCAGCUCCUCCUCCUGCGACGAGACCGCUUGCGCCGCUGUAGAUCCCAAUGCGCCGUCCACUCUGAGUCUUCUGCUCUCGUUGCUGCCGUUCAUCAUCACUUUUGUGGCUGUUGCUACUGUUGCGAACCGGACGAUUUUCCCAAAACUUGCAAAGGUGCACGAUGCGAAUGACGGCGAGGACCAUUUCCUCCCGUCGCACGCGCCGCCUAGCCUGCGACAGGCGCACGCCGAACACGGACAAAAGAGCACCAGACGGAGGAUCGCCGCGGUGGUUUUCUGCGUGACGGUUGGCCUGGCUGCGGUGCUGGGCGAGUUGAUACUUAGCGAAAUCUCGGAUGCUGUCAGUCCCAGGGCGAGAGAGGUGGCGUUGCGCUUCACGGUGCCGACGCUGCUCGUCCUGCUCGUCGGUGUUAUACCCUUCCUGGAGAUACAGAGCCUGGUGUCGGGCUUCGGGUGGAAGUUUCAGAGGAACAGCAAGGGCAGGAUACCGAGGUUCGCAUGGAGCGUGCAGAUGCUUGCGUUUGCAGGGUGGUUGUUCGCUUUCUGGAGCCUAGGGAGCGCAGUCGGCCUCGACAAGACGACGACUGCCGGCGGAGGUAUACUACGUGCUUGCCUUGAGAGGAUCGGGGUCAUCGGGAUAUCACUGAUGGCGAUGCUGAGCGGGUUCGCGGCGGUUUCGAGCCCUUGGCAUACUCUCGGCACUGUUUCGGAACGAAGAAAGAGACCGGUCACGGAGACGGAUGUGUCGAGGAAACAGGCCGGCUUGGACGCAACAAACGAGAUGCUGUUGACCAAGCGACACCGUCUGCAGGCGCUGGAGCGCAAGGCUGCAGAGUCGCAGGCCGCGGCUUCCAGCUCGGGCGGCUUCAUGGGCAAGAUGCUAGGUGCCGUGCGCGGCAUGGGUGGUGAAGAGGCCGAGAUGAAGGCGCUUAGGUUGGAGAUUGCGGGACUCGAGACAAUGGAGGCGAACCUCAACUCUUCGCUAGGCAUGAUGCGCUCGCGUCAGGCUGCCGAUGCCCGCGCCGCGACGCCACUGGGCAAGAUACUGGCCGUCCCGCAUUACAUCUUCAGCCUGUACUGUCUAUACCGCAUUCUUGCCACGACGCUCGCAACACUGCGAAGGGCAUACUACCCGGCCGCGAGCUUCAGCUCCUCUGACCCCAUCAACCGGUUUUUGGGUCUGCUGGCGCGACACUGGGACCCGAAACUGGAUCAGAUUGCCUGGGCGAGGCAGAUCAGUUUCCUCUUGUCUGGCGUCAUCCUCGCGGCCAGCGCCAAUAGCGUCCUGCAGACGUUUCACAUCUUUUCCAAGUGGAUGCCGGGCCUGUUGUACCAGGCACAGGCGAAUCUUGCGCUGCUGAUCGGGCAGAUUGCGGCCGUCUACGUCAUCAGCGCGGCGCUGCUACUUCGUAGCAACCUGCCUAGGGAGAUGGGGAGUGCCGUCGGCGACGCGCUCGAGGGCGCACUCGAGCCGCGGUUCGUGGAUUGGUGGUUUGAGGGGUGGUUCUUGAUGAGCUGCGCCGUCACGGGUAUUGGUGUGUGGAUCUCGAGAAAGAUCGGGACGGAGGAGUGGGAUGAUUAUGCGGCUGAGGAGAUGGGACCCAAGAGGAUGUAG